AUGGCUUCGAAACAAUGGACCUCGUCGGCCCUGCUAAUGUGGUUGUUGGCUGCAGAGAGAGUCUACUCGGCCCCAGUCACCUCGUCCGCUCCUUUCACGGAGAAGACACAAUACCCACCCACCACCGAGGCAAGAAUACUUGCACCGGGCACACAAGGGUUCUAUCCAACUCAAUUGGAGCGUGAGGGCCAUCCGUGGAAACCAACCCCGACAGGCCUCCCAUACGCGACGCCACACACCGACCCAGCGCAGUCAGACCCUGAGAGCCCGUGGGGACUGGAUGGUGUAUGGGAUACAUUGGACCACCCCGAACAGGUUCCUGACCACCUCCUGAGCUUCUUGAUCCCCGGCUUCGGAGCCAUCGCGUCGGGCCAAGCGCCGUCCAGCGUCCCGGUCUCAGCGUAUACCCCCGCGGCAGCAACAGCCACGCCUUCAUCAGCAACACCCUCCGAGGAUCAAGUCACCACCCACGACGCCCCGACUUCUACCACGAGCGCUCAUACCAAGCCAACUGCAUCGGCGUCCUCAUCAGCCAGUCAGACCACCGUCUCCAGCACUCUGGUCUCCAGCGGGACGUCUACUACGAGCUCGACCAGUACGAGCGACACAUCCCACAGUGAUAUCUCCACCACGUUGAGUGUUGCGCAGAGCUCCGUCACACCAAUGUCUGGCGGUCAGGACGUCUUCGUGCCGCUGGCAACCGGGCCCGUUCCCCAGACCAUCUCCGUGAGGAAUGACCACCCGGUGCCCAAGAAGGGGAUUGAAACCGUGACCACCCCGAUCGAGACCAACAAGUUCUACAGCGGCCUGUUCUUGGGCUCGCAGUCCAACACCACCUUCACCCACCCGUACGGCCUCGCCUGGGCCAAGGGCAGCGGCAAUGCGGGCAGCUGGGGCAUGGCCAUUGCGCACAACGAGGUCAACGUCGUCGCCAACGGACCGACCAACGCCAACAUCCCGGGCAAUCCGAUCCAGUACUACGUCAACCCGAUCGCCAUCCAGCACAUGAUCCUGUCAGCAACCGAGCUGACCAGCUCCACCGAGCUGACGGCGGAGAAUCUCCUGCCCUUCUCCGCCGAUGCGGUACUGAAGCCGUCCAGUGGCUCCAGCCAGAGGAUCACCAUCCCCCUCGUGCAGGGCAUGGGGUACGUCACGGGAAUGUACACCAACCUGCAGCCCCUCAUCCAGAGCAGCGUGUUCUUCACCAAGCUUGUCACUGCGGCCCAACCCCGUGUCGGGAUCUGGAAGUACAAGGUGACUCUGGCGGACCAGACCUCGUGGCUCGUCUACGCGAUCCCCCAGGACGGAAAGGAUCCUGACUUCCGCCUGGAGUCCAACUCCAAUCUACGCGGCCCCCAGGGGUGGUCCGGCACGAUCCAGAUCACCAAGAACCCGGCGGGCGACUCCGGCGAGAAGCUCUUCGAUGGCUCUGCUGGCGUCUUCGCUCUCGAAGCCGCGGUAUCCGGCUCCGUCCAGGACCGCACCGGCACGUACAGCCUCUCCUUCGCCAAGGCAGGAAACAAGGUGCAGGACACUCCUCUAAUGAUGUAUGCGCUGCCCCACCACGUCGCCUCGUUCGACGAGACCACCAAGAACCGCAUGACCAGCAUCACGUUGCGCAGCACGACCAAGGGUAACGCGACGGCCGUGGUCGGGGAAACCUGGUCGAUGGUCGAGCCCGACCUCCCCACCACGAUGGGCUUUGCGCCCUGGUCUGCCUCAUCCGGCAGCGCGAACAGCCUCAGCGCCGCCGCCCAGAAGGUCAUCCUCGACGUGGCCCCCACCGAGCUCAACCAGAGCGUCGACCAGCAGAGCAACCUGAACAGCAUGUACUACAGCGGAAAGGCCCUCAGCAAGUUCGCGACCAUCGUCUACACGGUCAACAAACUCGGCGGCAAUCCCUCUCUCUCCGCCACCGCCCUGCAGGACCUGAAGACGGCCUUCGCGCGCUUCAUCGACAACAAGCAGCAGUUCCCGUUGGUGUACGACAACGUGUGGAAGGGCGUGGUCUCCUCCGCCAGCUACGGCGGCGACUCCGGCGCUGACUUCGGCAACACGUACUACAACGACCACCACUUCCACUACGGCUACUUCAUCCACGCCGCUGCCAUCAUCGGCCAGCUUGACCCGUCCUGGCUCACCGCGGCCAACAAGGACUGGAUCAAUAUGCUGGUCCGUGACGCUGGCAACUCCGCCGCCAAUGACCCUUACUUCCCCUUCUCGCGCGCCUUCGACUGGUUCCAUGGCCACUCGUGGGCCAAGGGUCUGUUUGAGUCGUUUGAUGGUAAGGACGAGGAGUCUACCUCUGAGGAUACUAUGUUUGCGUACGCCAUCAAGAUGUGGGGACAGACGAUCGGUGACGCUAGCAUGGAGGCCCGCGGUAAUCUCAUGCUGGGGAUCCUGAGACGCAGUCUGCAUAAUUACUUCCUUAUGGAAAGCGAUAACAAGAAUCAGCCGGAGAACUUCAUCGCUAAUAAGGUGACGGGCAUUCUCUUCGAAAACAAAGUCGACCACACGACCUACUUUGGUAAUAACCUCGAAUAUAUUCAAGGAAUCCACAUGCUGCCCCUCCUCCCCUCCUCGGCCUUCGUGCGGAGCCAGAACUUCGUGCGCGAGGAAUGGAACGCCCUCUUCGCCGACACCGCCACAACGCCGGCCUCCGGCGUCACCGGGGGCUGGAAGGGCGUGCUGUACGCCAACCUGGCCAUCAUCGACCCGGCCUCGGCGUGGAACUUCUUCGCUCAGUCCGGGUUCGAUUAUAGUUCGAUUGAUGGUGGGGCGUCGAGGGUCUGGUAUUUGGCUUAUGCGGCUGGUUAGUUCCCUCUCCCCUUUCUUCCCUUCGACCCUUCGAUCCUUUAAAGUGUCUCGCUUUGUGGUAUGGUUUAUUUAUGGUGGUGCUAAUAACUU